CUCCGUGAGGAGAGACGCCGAGCUGUUUCAAGACGUCUGAAGACAUGUCUCUAGAGACGGAAACCAGACCGUCAUCGGCCGGGGAAGAGCAGGUGACAUCGUGCACGCCGUAUAAACGGAUCGUCGAGAAAGAUUGCACGGAGGUUAAGCUUCUGGAUUUGAGUUCUGGAGACCCUCACGGCGCUGGAAUCAAGCCGAUAACCUUUGUGAGACAGGUGGCGGCUGGAUGUAUGUAUCCCAGAAUCCUGCGGGGCGACGCUCUUCCUCCCGACGCUCGACUCCGAGCCCAAAAACUCCUCAGUCACUUUGAUGGAGGCAGUGUCGGUUCAUACACUGAGUCCUGUGGAUCAAUGCAAGUGAGGAACACUAUAGCAAAGUAUAUUUCUCUGCGGGACGGCGGCGUCCCGUCCAGUCCAAAGCACGUCUUCAUCACUGUUGACGCCCAGAGAGCUUUGAUGGUGAUGCUGCGGCUGCUCUCUCAAACAGAGGGCGUGUCUGCGGUUAUGAUCCCAGACCCCGCCCCUCACACGCUGACACCCCUCCUGGAUAGGAUGGGUGUGGUCCCGGUGACCUAUCAGCUGCAAGAGCAGAGUGGGUGGAGCUUCGAGAGGGCGGAGUUAAAUAGAGCCAUUCGGGAGUCAAGAGGGCGUUGCUUUACACGGGCUAUUUACAUCAGUAACCCCGGUAACCCCACAGGUCACGUUCAGAGCAGAGAGAGCAUUCGGGAAGUGAUUCGCUUCGCUGCAGACGAACGUCUUUUCCUGUUGGUCGAUGAGGUUUAUCAGGACACCGUUGCGGACGGCUCAGAGUUCGUGUCCUAUAAGCGUGUUCUGGCUGAGAUGGGCGAACCUUAUUCUGAUGGAGUUCAGCUGGCCUCGCUGCAUUCGCUCUCCAACGGCAUCAUGGGAGAGUGUGCUUUCAGGACGGGGUUUAUGGAGCUGGUGAACGUUGAUGAAGCCGUGAUGUUUUACGUCGAGGUUCUUCUGACCGGAGAUCUGUGCCCUCCUGUGAUUGGUCAGAUCGCUCUGGAUGCCAUGGCUGAUCCGCCCCGUCCUGGAGAACCUUCCUACGCUCUAUACACACAGGAGGUGACAUCUCGACUAAUGACUCUGAAGUCUAAUAUGUCCAGAUCUGUUGAGUUCAUUAAUGAUCUUCCAGGAUUCAGCUGUCAGUCAGUUCAGAGUGGAAUCUUCAUCUAUCCACACCUGACUCUUCCUCACUCAGUGCAGACACAGUCAGUGGGGUUGUUGUACAGCAGGAGGUUGUUGGAGGAUCAGGGUGUGUGUGUUGGGUUUAGUGAAGAUCACACACAUUCACAGAACUGCUGCCACUUGAGACUGUGUGUGCUGAUGCCAUCAGAAGAACUGGAAGGAGCUCUCCAUCGCCUUCGAUGUUUUCACUUUCAGUUCCUUAAAGAAUACUGCGGCACCGAAGAAACAGAGCCUUUAAAUGAGUUUAAUUAACAGAUGAACUCUACUAGGGCUGUUGUGUCGCACAUUAUCACGUAAAUCAUAUUAGUUACACAUUAUGUAAACUCUUUGGCGCACAAAUCAGUUUAUUAGCAUUUAAUAUAGUAAUAUCAACACACGUAUUAGUCGGUUCUAAUUAAUAAAGAAGUGCCUUUCAUAAAGUAAGUGAUCAUAAAGUAAGUGUAUACUUUUGAAAGUCUGUUAAAUGCUUUUAUAGGAAUACUUCUCUUUUUAGUCAAUAUUGGGAUCUCUAGAUAGAGGAGUCACUUAACAGCAAAGCAUGUCAUUUUGCCAUCAAACAAAUAAACAAAACUCUGUGGAAUA